AGCCUACAUAGAGACGGACCGAGAGGGUGCAAUGAUGAGCCAGAGCAGACCCACAGCUCUACUUUCUCUAGCCUACAUUGAGCGCAGGAUGGCGAAAGUCUACAUUCUCUGAGGAAGAGGCGUAAAUUGAAAGGUCCUCACAGAUAAGACCGGAGAACGGCAGGAAUUUUACUGCAGCUCCCAAACACUACGGGAAAGCGCGGGAAUAUAUUAUUGAAGGGAUUUAUACGGAACGAAAGUCAUCGAAGUCCACGUUUUUAAUCAGGAUUUGAGGACCCAGCGCCUAAUCCGACUUCAGAGACGAAAUGUGAAUCUAAAUAACUUCUGUUAAUGAAAGAUUUGAACGAAUAUGAUAUGAUCCAUCCUACUUCGUUCGAGAAGGAAUUUAGAUUGCCCUUUUAAAAUUAUUAACUCUCUAAAAAUGGUGAUAGCUGUUUUGCGUUAAUUUAAAGUGAGUGUAAAAAUGAUGGUUAUCAAGGAUUGAAACGAGCUGUAAGGGGCCUCUCACAAGGUCGAACACCAGAGUUAUUUUGCUUUUGAAAGGAUAUUUUCAAUGCAUUCCAAAUCAUGCUUGAAAAGGUCCUUACCAUAGACUAGUCUACUCAACGGGAUGAGAGGAGACUAACGUUCGUUGACUAUUUUAUACAUGACAACUGAAUGUUUUGGCUGGACCGCGACGGCGAGAAGAGGAGCUACAUUAGAUCCAUCAUAAAACAAAUAAACAUUUAAAACUUUUAUUUUGAUAACUUCGAAACUAGAGAGCGCACGUUUAGUCUGGAAUACAAGAACAGAUGAUUCUCAAAAGACAGAGGACGACAUAAAUCUUCCACCAUGUUCAAAGGGGGCUGCGGGCUAGAGUUCCUGCUGGUUCUCUGUGGUCUGGAGCUAUGCUGGUCCUGCCCACACCACUGUAUCUGUUACACCGCGCCCAGUACCGUCAGCUGCCAGGCACACAACUUUCUGUCCGUCCCCGAAGGCAUUCCCCCGCACAACGAGCGCAUCUUCCUGCAGAACAACAAGAUCCACCGGUUGCUGCAGGGCCACUUCAGCCCCACCACGGUCACACUGUGGAUCUACUCCAACAACAUCACCUACAUCGAGCCCUCCACCUUCCACGGCUUCGCCCAGCUGGAGGAGCUGGACCUGGGGGACAACCGUCACCUGCGCUCCCUGGCUGCAGACACCUUCCAUGGACUGGGCCGACUCCAUGCUCUGCACCUGUACCGCUGUGGGCUCAGUGCGCUGCCCAGUAACAUCUUCCAGGGGCUACGCAACCUGCAGUAUCUCUACCUACAGGAUAAUCACCUGGAAUUCCUGCAGGAUGACAUCUUUGUGGACCUCCACAACCUGAGCCACCUGUUCCUGCAUGGGAACCGUCUGUGGUCGCUGCACCAGAACACCUUCCGGGGGCUGGGGGCCCUGGACCGCCUGCUGCUGCACCACAACCAGCUGCAGUGGGUGGACCGCCUGGCCUUCCACGACCUGCGUCGCCUCACCACCCUCUACCUGUUUAACAACUCACUCACCGAGCUGUCUGGAGAGUGCCUAGCACUGCUGCCUGCUCUAGAGUACCUGCGCCUCAACGACAACCCCUGGGAGUGUGACUGUAAGGCCAUGUCACUGUGGGACUGGCUCAAACGCUUCAGAGGUUCUACUUCGUCCGUUGGCUGCCAGGCCCCGGCCGAGCUGGCUGGGAAGGACCUCAAGCAGCUCCGCAAGGAGGACUUCCCCAACUGCUCUGGCUCUGAGUCUCUGCACCAGAGCAAGACCUGGGCCGGGACUGAUAAGGUAUCACUGAAGAAGGAGCCACACCCGGUGCCACCGCCUCACUCCCACCCCCACCGCCCUCACCACAACGAGGCACCACACUAUCCCUCGCCGCCCUCGCCUCUGCCCCAUCCGCCCCCAUCCAUAAACGGGGAGGGCCCGGGUUCAGAGGGACAGCCUGGGGUGGCGCCCCCUCAGAGGCCAGGCCGCGCUCGGAACUGCACCCGCCAGCGCGUCAGGGGAGGCAAGGGGAAGGGGCAGAACGAGGUGCAUACAUUAAAGGAGAUGGCCGAUAAGGAGUAUUCCUCGCCUGAUUUUGAAGGGGGCAAAUAUGACCACACGUCCCCGGAUGGCACCGUCACGCGGAGGAAGCAUAAGUGCCCUCCCCAGACCACUGUUCGCCCCCCAAGUGGGGUACAACAAGCCACCAAUAGGGCCACGUUCUCCCAGCCCUUAAUACAUCCCAACGCCAUACUGGGAGCUUUGUUGCUCAUGACCAUUGCCCAUAUUCUCCGCUGACCUAGAGUGGGGGAUAGAUACUGGCUAAACAUCAACAGUGCAGUCCUCAGACCUGCUCUAGCUCCUGCACACCAAGGCCUGUGUGUGUGUACUUUGUGUGUGUGUGUGUAUGUGUGGUUGUGUGUGUAAAACAUUGUGUAGGGAGCUGUUUAGACUCUGAAAUAGACUUUCAAACAUCAACAUCAAAUGUGAAAAGACUCACGCCACUGUGUGAGGGACGGGGAGUGAGGAAAGACGAAAGGAAAACACAGAACACGCUUGCACUGCCACUGUUGCCAUUAUGUUCUCAUUUCCUCUUUCUGUCUGAGUCUGUCUUUGACUCUGCUGGAGCACAGAUAACCAAACUUUGGGGGAAAAGAAAGAGAUGUUGAAAUGCAACAAUUUAGCUAUGAGAUAGUUAGGCUCUAAGGGAAAAGUGUUGAAGCCAGCUUUAAUGAUCAGUUCACAGUUUGUAAAUCCUUAUUGAGGGGGUGAAUUAGAAAACAGAUGACGUGGUGAAAGAAACCAUCACACACAGAGAAGUCUAGCCCAAUCUUGUGUUUCAUAUUAUUUGCCUGAAGUUUUUUAUUACAUUCCUUGCCAAUAGCGGCUGCAUAGAAUUGGGGCGAGGUAUCCGAGGGUAUUGCUCAUCAACAGGGAGAUAAGCAGCAAGCUGCCCGGUCAUAAAUCAUAAUUCCAUAUCAGAACAGGAAUGUGCAACGCUCACUUCUUAGCAAAAGUAAUGGAAAACUACAGAAACAGCACUGCAAAGUGCAGCACACACACAGACCAGUCAGCUCCAGCUACAGUAGGAUAGCUAGGUAACUUCUGCUCCAUGCCCAUGUAACAUUGACCCCAAGCUACAUAUCUAGGUAUACAUCUUCUACCUACUUUAGUGUUUCUACAAUAUUUACGUCCUGCUUUAUUAAUUCCUGCGUCUAAAUGUCCUGUCUUUCUACAUGCUCCAUUUCAUUUUCUACAUGUGCUACUACAUAUUAAGCUAAUAUACCCAAGCUGCUAAUUAUCUGUAUGGAGGUGAGUGGGACUGUGGUCGACUCCCAUCUCCUUCAAAAACCAGUGUGUAUCCCCCAGGAGAAGAAAGCUGUGAAUAUUGAUGGAUCUGUCUAUUUCUUGUCUCAGUUGUUUGUUUGAUUUUGCCAAGACGUAAAGAGGACCUAGAGAUGGAGCCCUAUACAGGGUACAGGGUUACGGCCUGGGGCCGGAGCCUUAGGGGUUAAGGGUCAGAUUGGGUAUUCUCAGCUUCACUGAACAGAACACUCUUCAGUGUGGGCAUCCCCUCCUCAUUGAGAACGUGAGGAACAUUUAUAUUUUCCUAAUCAAUGGACAUCAAAGGAAAACAACUGGCCAACAAGACUAGAGAAGAAACAAAAACAAUAUAUGUACCUUAAAUGACUUCUGUAAUGAAUAAAAUAUUAUAAGAGAAAAAAAAAUAUUCAUGGAAAAACGUGGACCGCUCUCUUGGAAAUAAUAGAACUGCUAAAACACCUCUCUACAUUGACUGCUGUUCUUGUCAAUGGAUGUGGGGAACCAAGAGAAAGACAAUCGCUUCUAAAGUAGCAGGGGGUUUAACAGGACGAUGGACAGACAAACGGACAGACAGACUACUGCUGGACUACUAUCUCCCUGGACUACUGGAGCUUUUGUGCCUCCGGAAAAUACAACGAUAAAUUGACAAUAUUUGUAAUAAUAAUGAUGUGAACUGUACUAUUAACAAUGACAACAAGAGGACUAACUAACUGCAGUUCUAAUAUUAAACAUUUAUUAUGAGAAUAACAAUAUUAAUGACAUCAUCAACAAUGAAAACAGGGUUUCUGCUCCACUGAUGAGGGAAUAAUCUUUCUUUAAAUUCAUUUACCGUUUCAUUUUUUGGGGUUUACUAAAAGGAACAUGUUUUCUUUUUUUUGUUACAUCCUCUCAACCCCUUUAUCUGAUAAAAUAAUGCACAAUUCAGUUCCGCCUCCUACUGUUCCCCAUCUAUCUCCUGUCUUUGCCAUGAUUGAAUGGUUCAAUAAGUCGUUAUCAAAGAACAAUAGUACAAAAUGUUUAUAAAGAUAUUAAAAUCUAUAUCUUCUUAUGUUAAAGAUGACUGGUUGACUGUGUUUAUUUAGUAUUCAGACACUGGCUUACACAAGGUUGUGCAGUAGGCCCUGGAGAUGGUGGUAGUCAGGCUUGAUCCUCCCUUGUCUAUCUCUUUAUUAUUCAUUUAUGGUUGAAAUUGGCUCUGUCAGCAAGUUUGUCUUGUUCCUCCCUGUAUCCCCUCAGAAUGUGCACUACUUUGCAAUCUGUCUCCCCUCAUCAGACACUGCUGGCUAAACUGGCUGCUUUCUACAAAUAGAGACAUCUCCCUGGCUCAACGAUUGGCUUUGUAUACAUAUUCAACACACACAUCAUUAAGAAAUUGAUUUUAUUUGAGAGAAAUUGACCAAAGAAAGCAGGCCCAAAGCAUUACAGUAAGUGACAUGUAUUGACCAAAAACACAAAAAGAAACACACAGACUACUGUAGGCCAACAUGCAGACAGA